AGUCCAGUCCUCUCCUCUCUGCCUGUGCACAAUGGUGGAGAAAAUGAACUCUCUGCUAAAAUGGGCGCUUAUCCUGUUUGUUCUUGGUUCAGUCAUUCUCAACAUCAUCCUGAUCGGGGUCCACUCCAGCAGGAGGCCCAAAUGUUCCGUCCAGCAUGCCUACCCAUUGCGGGCCAAGCACAACGAUCAGAGCCUCAUAUUUGCGGAUCUCACCCGGGAUGAGUACGUGCAGGUCCAGCAGUACAUGCUGAAGCUGAAGGACUUGAACAUCUCCAGUAAGCAGACCACCAAACCUUCAGGUAACUUCUUGUUCCUCAUAGAUCUGUCUUUACCAAAGAAAUCAGAUGCCUUGAAUUACUUGGACAAAAAAGGUCCAAAACCAGUCAGGAAAGCCACAGUGGUGGCCUUUCUUGGGACCAAAGGCCACAUUAAAGAGUAUGAAGUGUGGCCCCUUCCAAACCCAACAUUCCACAGAGAUGUGACCCAGGAGAGGUAUGGGAUGGAGCUGCCUCUCAGUAAGCGCCUGGUCACCAUUGGGGAGUACACCCUGAUGUUCAAGUUUUUUGAGGAUGAAGUCUUCUCUAAGCUGAGUAAGCUCCUGAAGGAGAGCUUCGACGUGGACCAGAACAAACAACUGAACGCGUUUGAACAAAUGCCACGCGGAGUACGGUCUGGGGACAGGAAGACCUGGGUGUCAUUUUUCAGGGACAUGAGUGGGAUGUACAUUCACCCAGUGGGGUUCGAAGUUCUGCUGAACCAUGAAAACCUUAAUGCAUCCCUUUGGAGAGUGGAGCGGCUGAUGUAUAACGGGAAGUACUUCAACAGCGUGGAGCAACUCAGACAGGACUACGAGAGUGGGAAAGUCGAGAAGAUAAUUUACAAAAAGUCUGAGGACUAUGGCUCCCUGAAACCCAGGACCAAGACCCUGCAGAUGGGGCCACAGCAGUUUUAUGCAGAGGGGAAGCGUUUCAGCGUUCAGAACAACCAGGUUCUAUACCUGAACUGGAGCUUCGCCUACGGGCUCAGCUCGCUCACUGGGAUGCGUGUGUUUGAUGUGCGCUUUCACGGAGAACGGGUGGCCUAUGAGAUCAGCGUGCAGGAGGCCAUGUCAGUGUAUGGUUCCAUCACACCGGGGAUGAUUCUUACAAAAUUUCUGGACUCAAGUAUUGGAAUCGGGCGCUUCGCACAUGAACUCGUCCGUGGCAUAGACUGCCCCUACGAGGCCACCUAUGUAGACACAUACCGCUAUAUAGACGUGCCAGUACCAGUCCGGUUCCGGAACUCCAUUUGCAUAUUUGAGCAUAACAUGGGUCAGCCCCUGCGGAGACACUUUGCUGACUUUUUCCACCACAGCUUUGGAGGGAUGGUGAACAGUGCACUGGUGUUCAGAACCAUCACRGCUAUAGGGAACUAUGACUACAUGUGGGACUUCAUCUUUUAUCAGAGUGGCUCUGUAGAGGCUAAGGUGCAUGCCACAGGCUACAUCUCCUCAUCAUAUUUGGUGGAUGGAAGUCUGAAGUACGGACAUCAGGUGGCAGACAAAGUCCUGGGCAACAUACACACUCACUUCAUCAACUUCAAGGUAGACCUGGAUGUGGCCGGAGUGAAAAAUGUGUUCCAGGCCAAAGACAUGAAGUUUGUGAAUGUAUCCAUGCCCUGGAUGCCUGAACACAACGCAAUGGUGCCUCAACUGGUGGAGAAACAAUACAGAACUGAACAGGAGGCUGCCCUACGUUACGACACCAAGACGCCUCGCUAUCUUCACGUUGCCAGCAGUAAGACCAAUCGGUGGGGACAUCAGCGCWCCUACAGACUGCAGGUGUACAGCUUCGCAGGAGACCACCUACCAGAGAGCCAAGCUGAGGAGAAAUCCAUGUCCUGGGCCAGGUAUAAGGUUGCCAUCACAAAGCACAAGGACUUGGAGCAAACCAGCAGUAGUCUUUACAGUCAAAAUGAUGUUUGGAGUCCAGCAGUUGACUUCAGCAAGUUUAUUGAAGAUGAUGAAAGCAUUGAAGAUGAAGACCUUGUUGCAUGGGUGACAGCUGGUUUCCUUCAUAUCCCUCACGCUGAAGACAUCCCUAACACUGUAACAGUCGGCAAUGGAGGUGGGGUCCUGCUGCGACCACAUAACUACUUCGAUGAAGACCCAUCCAUUAACUCUGCAGAUGCUGCAUACUUUGUCCCUGGCGCUGAGGACAGUUGUGAGAACAACAGGAUGGCUUGCUUUUCUCAGGAGUCUUGUAGCCCCAACCUAGAGACCUUCACCUACCAAGGUUUUGAGGGAGUCAUGAAGUUUGAGGACUGGAACUGAUUUUUCCAUGCUGCUAGGUGAUAGCUUAAUAGCCAUGAUAACCUCAGAGAUGUCCUUGGGCUGCAUGUUUAUAAAGGCAGAUGGGUGUAGCAAAUAUAUCUAGUCUACACUUUAUUUAGACUCUACGAAGUGCUUUACAAUGUGUUUUUAA